UCCGUCCCGCUGACCGCCGCCUCCUCACCGGCCACAUCCCGCCCAGCACGGUCGCUCAACUCCCGAGUGGACUGAAUGAUGCUGCCAGAUAAAUCUCUGUGGAUGUUUACUGAGGAAGCUUUGCAUAUGAGGUGCUGAUAUUUGCUGAAGAUGAGUAGUGGGGGGGCGGACACCCCGGAGCCCCCCAGAGGGGCAGAGUCUCUGAAGAGGAAGGACUGUCAGUCAGAGCUCCUGGGUCCCAGCCCGAAGAGGAGCACUGAGAGGAGAAACAGGGAGCAGGAGAACAAAUACAUCGAGGAGCUGGCAGAGCUGAUCUUUGCCAACAUCAACGACAUGGACGACCUCAACGUCAAGCCGGACAAAUGUGCCAUCCUUAAAGAGACGGUGAAGCAGAUCAGGCAGAUCAAGGAGCAGGAAAAGGCUCCAAUAGCUGAUGCUGAGGAGGUGCAGAAGGCCGACGUCUCAUCCACGGGGCAGGGCGUCAUUGAUAAAGACGCUCUUGGGCCCAUGAUGCUGGAGGCCCUGGACGGCUUCUUCUUUGUCGUCAACAUGGAGGGCAACAUAGUGUUUGUGUCAGAGAACGUCAGCCAGUAUUUGCGCUAUCAGCAGGAGGAGCUGAUGAACACCAGCGUCUACAGCGUGCUGCACGUUGGAGAUCACGCCGAGUUCAUCAAGAACCUGCUGCCCAAGAGCCUGGUCAAUCAUCGCAGCAGCGAUUCAUCCAACAGGAACAGCCACACAUUCAACUGCCGUAUGUUGGUCAACCCUCAUGUUGACGGUGAAGCCCGGCUGGCCUCCGACCAGCAGGAUGCGGCUCAACAGAAGUAUGAGACCAUGCAGUGUUUUGCUGUUUCUGAACCCAAGUCUAUCAAAGAAGAGGGGGAAGAUUUUCAGUCUUGUCUCAUCUGUGUGGCGAGAAGAGUCCCUGUUAAAGAGAGGCCUGUGAUGCCGUCGUAUGAGAGCUUCACUACACGGCAGGACCUUCAAGGUAAGAUAACGUCACUGGACACUAGUCUGCUGCGGGCGUCUAUGAAGCCAGGCUGGGAGGACCUGGUUCGACGCUGCAUCCAGAAGUUUCACCUGCAGAGUGAUGGGGAGAUGUCGUUCGCCAAGAAGCACCAGCAAGAUGUAUUGAGGAACGGCCAUGCGCUCAGCCCUCUCUACCGAUUCUCCCUGGCAGACGGCACCAUCGUCUCAGCUCACACGAAGAGCAAACUGGUUCGAUCACCAGCCACUAACGAACCGCAGCUCUAUAUGUCCAUGCACAUUCUGCAGAGGGAAAACUCAGGAGGCAUGACUGCAGACAUACCUAGCAGCCAGGGCAUGGCCAAACCAAUGACCCCAACCAGUGUGAGCGGACCCUCCCCUUCACCAGACGCCAGUGUCACCAGCAACACCCUCCACUCCACAACAGCCUCCAGCACCACUGGACGUGGUUUUGGGCCUAUAUCUGGACGGGCGCCCACGCCUCAGGGAAGCUGCCAUGCACUCAAGCUGGGCAGCCCUUCAGCCCAGGGAAGCCCGAGUGUCACCUCAGGGGCCCAGGGAGCCAUGAUGUCUCCUCGCCAUCGUCAGAGCCCCAGCACGGCAGCUAGCAGCAGUGGUUGUGGUAGCCCCCACAUCCCCCAGCAUCUUCCUGGGCCUUUCUCUCCAGCAGCCAGCCUCCACUCGCCAGCAUCGGUAUGCAGCAGCACAGGAAACAGCCUUGGGUUCAACUCCCUCAGUGCUCUGCAGGCUCUGAGCCAGGGCCACAGGAUUUCCCAGGGACUCACUGAGGGACAGCAUCCAGAGUCACCUGACAGAAAACCAGUUGCUCUUCAGAGCCCCCUUCACAUCACCAACACUGGUGGCCAACUAGCCAAGAACAAUCCCAGUUUAGAUGCUGAUUUAUUUGGAGCUUUUGAGGAGCAGCAAGACUUGUUGUCAUCCCAGAACCAGGAGGGCGACCAGGGGGAGGGCAAAGAUGGUGACCGUGAGAGCUUUGGAGAUAAUGGAAGCCUGGGUGACCUUGGCGAUGCCCCAAACCGCCUUUUGAACACCAAAGGUCACACCAAGCUGCUCCAGCUCCUCACCACCAAGUUGGAACCCUCGGACCCUUGCUCACCACCGGGGCCCCUGGGGGAUGACCAGAACUGUAAGGACCAGCUGGGUGGUGUUGGUGGGGCAGGACAUAACAACCACUCCACCUCAUUAAAGGAGAAACACAAAAUUCUCCACAGGUUGCUGCAGAACAGUACCUCACCUGUGGAGUUGGCCAAGUUAACAGCUGAGGCGACUGGAAAAGACCCUAUUGGUCCAGAGUCGGCCUCGGGGGACAGCAUGGCCGCUCUGGGUGAACUCUGCUCCAAACAGGAACCAGAGAGCCCGAAAAAGAAGGACAAUGCUUUGCUUCGCUAUCUUCUGGACAGGGAUGAUAAUGGCAUCCUGGAUAAAGCCAUUAAGAUGGAACCUAGUGAUGGACUGAAGCUGUCGAACAUAAAGAUGGAGAAACAGGAAGCAGGCUUUCAUAUGGCAGACCAGACCAGUGAGCUGGAGGACCUGCUGGAGGACCUGCAAAGUGGCAGUCAGCAGCAGCAGCAGCAGCAGCAGCAGCAGCAGCAGCAGCUGUUCCCCAGUCAGCCGCCAGCCAGAGGUGUGGCCUCCUCUUCAUCCUCCUCUUCCUCUGUGGCCCCUGGCUCCUCUGUGGACAAACAGACCAUCAUCAGUGACAUCCUGCAGAUGACUGACAGCAGCAGCAGCAGCAGCUCUCCCAACCAGCACAGAACCUUCCCACCCAUCUGCCCUGCAAGCUUUAAUGGUGCUCGGCCGGGCCAGUCGAGUCAGGGUGCUCCUCCAAUCAGGAGCAUGUCUCUGGACAGCGGUGUCGGUCCCAGUCCCAGCACCACCAGGCCUUUCCCUUCUCAGCACAGGAACAACAGCCCUUACUCCCUACUGCAGCAGCAACAGCAGCAAAGCAUGAUGGGAACCCAUGCCGGCAUGGCCAACCAGGCUGCGAUGGCCAACCCAGGUAUGCGGGCCUCCGUGCAGCAAGGUUGGGGUCCCCAGGGGCCCAUGGGGGCCACUGCGGGGCCGAUGAUGGGCCAGGGAGUUGGUCCUGGUCGCAUGGUCCCCAACAUGAAUGCUGCACUACCAACAAGAGGUGGUGGUCCAUCUGGAUCCAGAGCCAUGGUCAACAUGCAGAUGAUGGGCAAUGCUCCACCCAAUCAGACUGCUCCGUGGCCAGACCGAAUGAUGAUGGAUCAUUAUGGAAACCAAAGCAGGCCACCGUACGGCGUCCCCCAGGAGGACGGGAUGGGGUGCUGUGGCACCGCGCCUGAGGGCCAGCCAGAUGAAGGGGCUCUGCUGAACCAGUUGUGCUCAGUGCUGAAGGACUACGAGGGUCUGGAGGAGAUUGAUAAGAUGUUGGGAAUCCCUACGCUGGCAGGACAGGGUCCUCUGUCAGACCAGGACCAGUACCUUGGCUCUUUGGACCCAGCGGCCAGCAUGAAGCCUCCCCUCUACAGUCAGCACUACAGUGGCCAGCCGGGUUACGGCAGCAUGCCUCCUGAUGGCAGCUACCACGGCCCCUCGAUGGGCGGCCACAUGGGGCCUCAAAGAAUGGCACCAGUGGGCUACCCCCCAAUGAUGAGGAUGGCUGGUGGUGCGGGACCCAGGCCAGCUGGCAUGAGGCCGGGGGGGCCUGGUCCAAUUGUCCCCUCUCAGCCCAACAACCUGAGGCUCCAGCUGCAGCACAGACUCCAGAGCCAGCUGAACCGUCAGCCAGUGGUGAACCAGAUGGGUGGAGUGUCCAAUAUGAAUCUACCUCUAAGGUCUAAUGUACCAAACCAGGGAACCCUCAACGCCCAGAUGCUGGCGCAGCGUCAGCGCGAGUACCUCAGCAACCACUUACGUCAGCGCCAGCAGCAGCAGCAACACGUGCAUCAGCAGCGUGCCAUGAUGAUGCGGACUCAGGGCAUCAACAUGCCGCCCAACAUGCCCAGCGGGGGGGCCGCUCCCACGCCGAUGCCCAUGGGGGGCACCAACCCACGGCUCCCGCAGGGCAACUCACAACAGUUCCCCUACCCGGCUUCCAGCUACGGUACAGGCCUGCACUCUCCUCCACCUCCUCCUCCUCAUCCCGGCUCCUCCAGCCCCUUUUCCUCCCCUCUCUCCCCCAGCCAUCAUCUGGCUAGCCAGGGCAUGAUGGGAAGUGUAGGCGGGCAGUACAGCGGAGUAAUGAGUCCGCCGUCACAGCACAGUGCCUUCCAGUUCAGCAGUUCAGGAAUGAGCCAGCAGCAGCAGCAGCAACACCAGGAUCCAGUUACAUGCUUCCCGUGUGGGGCUGCCACCCCGCAGAGCCCCCUGCUGUCCCCCAGGAUGGGGCAGGGUCAGAGCCCCAUGCUGCAGCAGAACCAGGGCCAGCCCCAACCCCAGGGUCCGAACCAGGGAGGACCCCCCAGCUACCAGCCUACUGCUGACCUCAACGGAUGGCCUCAGCAUGCCAACAUUUCCACCAGCAACAGUGUGUACCCCCAGCAGUCCCAGUCUCAGUACUCCACACAGCCCAAUGGGGGCAUGUACGGUGGCAACAACAGCAUGAACCUGGGAGUGGCCAUGGCAGGCAGCGGAGGCAGCAUGAACCCCAUGUCAGGACAGAUGAGCUCCAUGAAUACAGAGCAGGUGAGCGACAGCAGCCUGAUCCUGGAGCAGCUUGCAGGAAUUGACAUGUUGACACAAGACGGUGACGCCAGCUCUAAUUUCUGCUGACCCGUGCUGCUCCUGAGACAAGGUAACGCAGGAACCCGUUCAGAAACACUGACACCUGCUCAUCUCAGCUCACUGAGAAGUAUGAAGGAGAUGAUGGAAACACUGCCGCUCUAUCACACCAGCCAACUGUGAGGCACUACAGAGAGCCAGAGGACAACAGAGACACAGCAAAGCUUUUUAGUUCCUGCUUCACAUUUUAUGCAAACAGUCAGAAAUGACAGGAAGCUGCCAUCUGAACCAUCCUGACAGCAAAUGCACUACAGGAAGAUAAUCACACACACAUACUGUGCCUCUGCUGAUUCAGGGACACAUGUUAUUAUUCACUGUAGCUCAUGCUUUCAUCCUUAUUAAUGACUCAUCUCAUGUUAUUUUUUAUGUGUUUAUCCUACAUGAGAUUUAAACAAUCAAGUUAAGGCUGCUCCAAAAUAACACACAGUCAAAUACAGCCAGUCAAAUCGUGCUAAAAGGUGUUCUGUGCAGCAUUUGAAAUGGACAAAUUACAUGAACCUAUUCAAGGUAAAAUCACUUUCCCUUCACAUGCUCCUAAAAUUCAGCCUGUCUGAAGACA